AUGACUUGUUCGAACCAUCUCGCGACCGAUCUCGCGCCAUUCCUAUCCCUCUUUGGUGCAAAGAUCACGAAGCGAUAUCUCAGUGAGAGCGUCGCAGGCCUUGACUACUUCUUUUUUGCAAUGGCGCCUAUAGGCAUCCCCAUAGGGGUCGUCUCUGCAAUUCGCGUGUGUGGGACCCCAUCACUACGCGCCUUUAUCGGCAGAGCUGAAGAAGGAGCAGGAAACGCGGAGGCAGAGCUCUGCCCCUUGACCAGCUUGGAUGUGUGUCAGCUCUAUAAUAGGGGUGGUAUUGCACGCGUCUUCGGCCGUCUAAAGAUUCGAGAGGUUAUCCACGACUAG